UCUAUGGAAGCCAGGAAUGGCAUGGUGGCGUCAACAAGCAAGCAGCUGCAGCCUGCAGUUUAGCAGUCGGCAGAGUCCUCUGCCAACAUGCCUUUUGAUGAUGUAAUUCCCCUGAAUCUUGAAAUAAUUUCUGUCAACAAGGAAGUAGCAAACUCACGACUGAAAAAAAAUAUUUUUGUUUUGGUUCUAGCAAAUAGCUAGCUGUGUCGCAAUCAAACAAGCUUCUUAAUACUGUAGUGUGAGUCAGCUAGCACGCUUGCUAACUUCGCUUGACCGCACCUUGAAAUUGCCCGCGUACCUCCCUAGUAAGCAAGAGAACUCCAGCAAUUCAGGUAUGGCGGUGUCUGCGCGAGGCCUUUAUUUCCUGACCACUCUUUUCCUGGGCAGCUUCUUUGGGAGUGUGUUCAUGCUGGGGCCGGUGCUGCCCCUCAUGCUGAUCUCCCCCGCCUGGUACCGCUGGCUCACUGAUCGCAUCGUCGCCACCUGGCUCACCCUGCCCGUGGCCUUGCUGGAGGUGGUGUUUGGGGUGAAGGUGGUCAUCACAGGCGAUGGCUUUGUGCCGGGCGAGCGCAGCGUCAUCAUCAUGAACCACCGCACGCGGCUGGACUGGAUGUUCUUAUGGUGCUGCCUGCUGCGCUACAGCUACCUGCGCCUGGAGAAGAUCUGCCUCAAGGCCGGCCUCAAAGCUGUGCCUGGCUUCGGCUGGGCGAUGCAGGUAGCCUCCUUCAUCUUCAUCCAUCGGCGCUGGGAGGAGGACCGCACCCACAUGGCCAACAUGCUGCAGUACUUCUGCCGCAUCAGGGAGCCCCUGCAGCUCCUGCUCUUCCCCGAGGGCACUGACCUCACCGACAACACGCGAGCGCGAAGCGACGUCUUCGCUGAGAAGAACGGCCUGCCCAAGUACGAAUACGUGCUGCACCCACGCACCACCGGGUUCACCUUCAUCGUCAACACGCUCCGUGAAGGUGACAACCUGGACGCAGUGCACGACAUCACUGUGGCCUACCCGAAGAACAUCCCCCAGACGGAGCGCCACCUGGUGCUGGGCCUGUUUCCGCGCGAGAUCCACUUCCACGUGCAGCGCUACCCGGUCUCCGCCCUCCCCACGGGCAACGAGGCGCUGCAGGCCUGGUGCCAGGAGCGCUGGACCGAGAAGGAGCAGCCUCGCGCGACUUCUCGCCCCGGGAGCAGCCGCGGGCUUCGACAUCGCCGGGCGCUAAAGCCGCCCUGCAAGACGGAGCUGCGCGUGACUCUCAUCAAGGUCGCCUCGCUGCUCUACUGGACGGUGUUCGUGGCGCUCUCGUUCGCCGCCCUCUGGCUGUGGGCGUCCGUGCGGCUCUACUUCCUGCUGGUGGUGGCCUUCUUCCUGGCACAGCAGAAGCUGGUGGGCGGUGUGGAGCUGAUGGAGAUGGCCUGCUACCGCUAUUGGAUGGGCGGUCGUCAUGGUGACGGAGGAAGGUCAGGGGUCAAAGAGGACGUAGGGAACGGGAUGGAGAAGAAGAAAGAGUGAGGAUGGACACAGGUCGAGCCACGGCCACCCAUCCGCCCGCCCGGGGGAAACGGUGUGUGUCUGGGACGACGUCCUUCCCCAGGAGGUGACGGUGCGAGGCGAGUGCCAUUUUUUUUUUUGGACGGAGAGGAAACAAUCACUCACACUCUCUCUGUCUCCUCAUACCAAAGCUUCAGGCAGAGAGAGCUGCUCACUUUUCCUCCCUCCAUUCCUGCCCUCCAUCUCGUGCUGUCGUUCACUCUCCUUCGCUCACUAGUGUGUCCAUAUGCUGGCCGUCAACCGGGCAACCUGGGCUGUGCUGCCGUCCGCCUCUGCUCUGAAAGACGGAGAAGGUUUAAAUAUGAAUGUGUAGACGGAUGAGGUCACUGACUGGUACAAUGUCAGGAACUAAUGUAGAAGAACAGGCAAGAUUAAGAAAUAUCUUAAACGGAAUGCUGUUCUGCCAAUCAUUGCUGUGUGUGUUUGGUGAAUGUUUAUUGGUGUAUGGCAGUUUGGUGGUUACUUUACUUGAAGGUCAGCCAACCAUCCACUUCACAAUCCCUCUUCUCUCUUCUCCUCAGUUUCACUUUGCUUUGUCUUGUCUUAAAUGGGAGAGAAGCAUUUUUUUAUUUCUUUAUCUUUUUUACAGCCUAGCCUGUCAUAUGUCAUUGACAUAAUAUUACUUUAUAUGCCAGAUUAUACCAUUUUCUAUAAUCACAGCCAUAUUUUGUAAGGUAUCUUUUUAAAUCGUCAUUGCUUUGUUUAAGUUUUUUGUUGUGUUAGUUGUCCUUUCAUGUUUUUAUCCUUCAGGAAUCAAAGCCAUAUUUGUGUUGCCAUGCCACCCGCGGCCCUGGGCUGCACUUGUCAUGUUUUUGAACAUUAAUCGCAACUGUAGCCAAAUUUAGCGCUGUGUUGUGGAGAUGAGUCGAGAGACGUCACUCCUGUAGCCAAUAGACAUUGUUAGUAGUGCUCGCAGGCCGGCCGCGUUCAGAAUGCAACGCCGUGCUGACACUCGCAUCUGGACCCCCUUUUCUCUAAACUGUGAUGAGUUUACACAGAGCCCCGACUCACCUUAGCACAGGUGUGUGUGUGUUUUUGUACAUUUAUGAAGCCGCAUCUUAACGUCCUGUUUUUCUGUAGCAGGAGUAUGUAUGCGUUGGAUGCUGGAUCUAUAGCUGUUUAGCUGUUUAUACUGCAGGUGUGUGUGUGUGUGUGUGUGUGUGUGUGUGUGUGUGUGUGUGUGUGUGACUGUGCAUGGCUAUUGAAGCUGUUGCAUGGGAACGGCAGAGGCAAAGGUAGUGCGCAGACCAACACUGUGUGGUGGCCUUAAGCCAACCACUGCUGACUUAGAGUGCUAACUGGAGAUUAGAAAACAUCACCAAUCAUAGACUACUCAUGUUACGCUGAAUCACAAUCAGAUGCUGUCUUGAUGAUGACAUCCUUCUCUUCAUAACAGAUGUAAUGUGUGUGUGCGUGUGCGUGAGUGUGUGCGCGUGCGUGUCUGUGCGUGCACGUGUGUGUAUCUACAUGUAUGUGCAGAGGAAAACUGGCCUUGGACACUGUGAUGGAGAACUGUAGCUUGCAAACUGGUCAACCUGUACCAAUUACACUACUACUAUAAUAGAUCUCAUAAAGUUCAGUUCCAAACUGAGUUUCACUCUUUGCCCUUAGUCUCUCCAUGUUAUACUGGAGGUGAUCCCCCUGUUAUCCUCUCAGGUAAAGUUUAUCACUUUCAUGAUCUCUGUAACCACUCUGUUAAAGAACUCCAAAUAAAUAUUCACUUCUUCCACCA